CUUUUAUUGACUUCCUGUGUAUGGGAGUGUUAAUGAGUAUCUUCUCUUUAGGAUAUAUUUUAGUAAGCGUGUGUGCAUAAACGAUGCUUAGUAUGGAAACGGAUAAAAUUAUUGAAGACACUAAUACUAAUUCACAGUACCCAAUGACAAUCCUCUAUGAUCCUGCAAGGAAGAAAGAACCUUCAUCGCAGUACGUAACAGAACGUGAAACAUGCCUGAAAUAUUUUGAGAAAUGGAGCGAACGGGAUCAGGUGGAAUUUGUAGAACAUCUACUGUCACGCAUGUGCCAUUACCAGCAUGGUCACAUCAACUCCUACCUCAAACCUAUGCUCCAGAGGGAUUUUAUUUCACUGUUACCAAAGAAAGGUUUGGACCACGUAGCAGAAAGUAUCCUCUCGUACCUGGAUGCCGAUUCCCUUUGUGCAGCUGAACUGGUCUGCAAGGAAUGGUAUCGAGUCAUCUCAGAAGGAAUGCUAUGGAAGAAGUUAAUAGAAAGGAAAGUUAGGACAGACUCUUUAUGGAGAGGUCUUGCAGAACGGCGAGGAUGGAUACAGUAUUUAUUCAAACCAAAGCCAGGAGAAAGUCAUCCAAAUCAUUCAUUCUACAGGACGUUGUUCCCCAAAAUAAUUCAAGAUAUAGAUAGUAUAGAAAAUAAUUGGAGAAUGGGAAGACAUGUUCUGCAGAGAAUUAACUGCAGGUCAGAAAAUUCUAAAGGAGUUUACUGCCUGCAGUAUGAUGAUCAUAAGAUUGUGUCAGGUCUCAGGGACAAUACGAUCAAAAUAUGGGAUCGGAACACACUCCAGUGUACUAAGGUACUCACAGGUCACACAGGUUCUGUGCUGUGUCUUCAGUAUGAUGAUAAAGUAAUCAUCAGUGGCUCAAGUGACUCAACAGUCCGAGUAUGGGAUGUUGGCUCAGGUGAAAUGGUGAAUACACUCAUACACCACUGUGAGGCUGUUCUACAUCUGCGAUUCAACAAUGGCAUGAUGGUCACAUGCUCUAAGGAUCGCUCAAUUGCAGUCUGGGAUAUGACGUCGCAGACUGAGAUUACAUUGCGUCGAGUACUAGUUGGACAUCGAGCAGCAGUGAAUGUGGUAGACUUUGAUGAAAAGUAUAUUGUUUCUGCUUCUGGUGACCGGACCAUCAAAGUGUGGAAUACUUCAAAUUGUGAAUUUGUGAGGACCCUGAAUGGACACAAACGGGGGAUUGCAUGCCUCCAGUAUAGAGAUCGACUAGUUGUUAGUGGCAGCUCAGACAACACUAUCAGAUUGUGGGAUAUUGAAUGUGGAGCAUGUUUACGAGUACUUGAAGGACAUGAAGAACUAGUAAGGUGCAUUCGCUUUGAUAGUAAAAGGAUAGUCAGUGGAGCAUAUGAUGGGAAAAUAAAGGUGUGGGACCUGAUAGCAGCGUUAGAUCCAAGAGCGCCUGCUAGUACACUCUGUUUGCGAACUUUGGUGGAGCAUACUGGACGAGUUUUUCGCCUACAGUUUGAUGAAUUCCAGAUUGUUAGCAGUUCACAUGAUGACACAAUUCUCAUUUGGGACUUCCUGAACUGUACACCCCCAGAGGGCACACCACAGCAGCAGCAGAACAUGCAGCAACUCAACACUCGCUCCCCAACACGCACGUACACUUACAUCUCAAACUUUUGAGUGAUGUACGUUCCAUGUUAUUGCUGCUUUGUGAUAAUCUGGUAAGUUGCUGUAGACUGAAUCGGGAACCUGUGGAUCGAGACAAGAUGUGCAGCUACAGGAAGCUUUGUGGAUUACAUUUAUUAUAUAGGACUCUAGGAACUUUAUGUUAUGAAGUCUGAAAGAACAUGUUUGACCAAUAAUUCAGAUGCUUCUAAAAUUAAUUGAGCAGCAAAACAAAGUGUAUAUAUGACACUCUACAUAUUUUAUUUACUUGCUGUAGCCGCUUGACAUAUCAUUUUAGCAACGUUAUUUGUCACGUGUUUUGAAAUAACCAUGUGUUAGAAAAGUCCAACAAGAAAUGCGAUUGGAAACAGGUUUUACAGUUUUACUGUAAGAAGUUUAAAUGUUGAUGCUACUGUAGUCAUACAAGUGAUCUGCUGAGGUGCUGGGUUUCCAUUUUCAGUUAUUUUGUGGAUUAAUUAUGUGUAAGGAGUGCGUAUUAAUGAAGAGACUUGUUUCUUAUCAACACAUGGACUCAGAGAAGAAUAUGAAUGGCUAUAAAUGGACUAUUCCCUAUGUAUAUAGUAAGGAUGGUGGUGUUCAGAGAUUGAAGGUGUCAUGGUGGUGUAUAUUUUCUGGAGAGAAAUGUCAUUGGUUGAGAAUUUUUCUUUCUUCAUUAUACUAAAAUAAUUACUGCUAUGCAGUGGUAAAUUGAAUGCAACACCAGUAAUAAACAGUAAUACAUUUCAUUAUGUUGCACUGGAGUUUGCCUGUUACUAAAAAUAUUAGGCCAGACAGUUUGGAGGGGCUGGGGCGGGGGGCUGUCACCAAGUCAAGCAUCUUAUACAACAGCUGAGAUAAUUUUGGCCUAUGAACAUAUAGUGCUGCAAUGUGUUUGGUAUAUCACAGCAGUUUUUCAUUGCUAAUAUAUGCAUAUGUGAAAAUUUGUAUGUAUUUGACUUCAAGAUAAAACAAGGCCUAUGUUCAGUUUAUCAUACAAUUCAUGUUUUGUAUUCUUAGGUACUGUGUACUCAUUUUGUAUGGUGCACCAUUAAUUUAUUGCCAAAAUUGUAUGAUCCAAUUCUAAAAUGUGUGUGUGUGUGUUAACUUUUUUUCUUCUUUCCACUCUUUUUUUUCUCUUGCUUGUGCAUUGUGGAGGACUAGCUGUGGUGACUACAUUGCAUUACAAAAAUAUAUUGGGCGCUUUAUUUUUUUUUAAUUGCCAUCGUAAAAAUGUGUUGCAUUAAAAUAUUAGGAACCAUAUGCAUAUGUAUGCUUGUGUGUGUAAUUGCGAAUGUGAGUCUCAGUGAUUUGCAUGUUAUAGUAAACAUAAAUUUUGUGUAUAUUUGAGAGAAAAUGUGUGACCGAUUUUACAUUUGGUAGUACAUGCAUAAGAUAUUCAUCCUUGUUUUUAAUAAUGAAUUGUGCGCACAUUUAUUCUACCAGUUGUAGUCCUAAAUAACUUUGAAUUCUAUUUUGGAAAUGUGAGCUAGUUCCUGUCUGAGAAAAGAAUCUCAGAAGAAUAGUAGCACAACAUAUGUAACAUAUUUAAAUGUGCUUGUUCCCAUUUACCUAUCUGAAAUAUGGUAAUAUUGUUUGUGUAUUUGUGUUAAUGUGGGUGCCUGAAAUUGUAUUGUGGCCUUUUUUUUUUUUCUUGGAGUGUGUGAAUGAGUCCUCAAUUCCACUGUUUUUAUGAGUUUUCUAUAACUUGCAACUUGAUCUCAUGGUAAAUAUCUUACUGAUUAAUAUUUCUUUCAUGGCAAGGAUUAUGAAAUGUAUGAAAAUGUCCCAUUUGCUGUUGUAAGUUAUGUAAGUACUACUAUCUUGUCAAGUUAUGUUGGUCACAUAGUCUUUCUGUUGAUAUUUUCACUAUAUAAUUUUUCUUUCUGAAAUUUGGUUUAAUUCUUAAAUGAUCAUAUGUACAUUUUGAUGAGAGCACCAUUGAAUUUGAUUUGUCAGAAGUUGUAUAAUUUUUACUAGUAUUAAAGUCCCUUAUCUUUUAUCUUGAAGUGUACAUGACUAUAAAUGACAGUUGUAAACAAUUUUAUUCUUGCUUCUUCUGAAACCUCUCAAAUUCCAAAAUUUCAACCUCAUACAAUGUAAAUUCUAUGGAAGUAAUUUUUGUUGAUUGGAUAAAACUGUAGACAUUUGCUUAUUUAAUUUUUACUUAUGUGUAUGAUGAAUAUAGAUGACAAUAAAUGUUCUGAGGGAUAUCUGUGAAUUCAUUAA